AGCAGUUGUCUGUGCAGUUUGUCCUUCUGCUGUUUGAAAAUUUUGCCAAAAUAUCCACAGAGUAGUGUUAAGAACCUUUUUGUUGUGUAUUUCAGUUUUUUAUUUUCAAUACUGACGCAAAAUCGAACUUAACACUUGCACAGUAUGGCCGAGCCUAAUUGAACCACAGCCCAAAUGGCUUUAACGUCCAGCUGAUUUGCGAGGAAAUGAGCUUUGGUCAACUACUUUGGUUAUGUUUGGCUAUUGUGUACAUAUUGUGCAAUAAGUCAAGAGAUUGAAAAUACAAGUGACAGAACCUACCGGCCCUCAAAAAGUAGGGGGAACAACACUUUCCUGAGGAUACCCUAUUUCCACCUACCACCAAAAGGACCAACAGCAUGUACAACCGCUACCUCAAAUAUCAUUUUAUUCAACAUUCUGUCUUACAGACUAUUGUAUCUUUUUUUACAGUGACUUCUUUCAGACUGAUAUCAUGGAGUAACCAUGGUAACAGCCUGAUGUUUAGGGAACUGCCCUAUGUACAUAGUCAUUUAAUACUGGUCAUUUUAAUCAUGUUUACAUAGUGUUUUACCCACUUAUGUAAAUCCCGUAUUCUAGUCAAGGCUCAUCUUAGAUACACCUUCUCUAUACUGUCCAUAAUGUCUACACACAAUUUAUAUAGGCUACAGAUAUUUAUAUUCCGGACUCUGACAUUAAUAUUAAUAUAUUUAUUCAUAUUUUUGAGAUUUGUGUGUAUUGUUCGGUAUUACUGCACUGUUGGAGCUAGGAACACAAGCGUUUCCGAUUAACAUCUGCAAAAUAUGUGUAACCGGCCAAUAGUAUUUUAUUUGAUACACACAGACAUCUAGCUGACUCUUUUACCCCCAACCACUUCACACACACACUGAGUUUGAGAGAAAACGUAACCCGCUCACCCACCCUAAUCUAAUUUGCAUACAAAAACUAACCUUUGUCCUCCCGUGAAUGCCCAGCUUCCGCUUGACAGGUAAAUCCCCUGACGUCUCCAACUCCAGAGGACCUUUUUCAUGAAAAUACAAAAUAAAGACGUAGGCCUGUCUGUUAUCCUCCAAUAAAUAGCCUAUAUCUGGACAAAUAUACUGCAACAGUAUGUGUGGUUUCGAUAAGGAGAAGGGUCCGGGGUGGCUGAUGAAGAAGGGGUUUACUCUGAUCCUAGUGGGCCACAUCAACUUCAUCCUGGGAGCCAUCGUUCACGGUAGCAUCUUGCGUCACAUCUCCAAACCCAACGACCAGAUCACCACCGAGUUCACCGCAGCCAACAUAAUCUCUGUCACUUCUGGACUGCUGAGCAUUGCAACAGGAAUCAUUGCCAUAUUGGUGUCAAGAAAUCUGCCAGUUUGGAAACUGCACAUAGGUCUUCUGAUUAGUUCCUUCCUGAAUGCCCUACUCUCUGCGGCCUGCGGCGUCGGGCUCCUAUUGGCUAUUAGCCUCACAAUUACCAAUGAGGGGCGGGUCCUCAUGAUGGGCUGCAACUUCACUGACCAGCCAAUCAACGCCCGCUCGCCAGUCAACGCGGACUGCCCCUUCGACACCACACGGAUAUAUGACACUACCCUGUCUCUGUGGUUCCCAUGUGUUCUGCUGGCAGGACUGGAAACAGGACUGUCCAUCUGGUGCUUCGUAGUGGGACUGGUACUGAGGGGUCUAGGACCCUGCUCACACGCAUACCUCAAAGAACAGCUGGAGGAAGAGGCUCUGACCAAUGGGGCAGCAGCAGAUCCAGAGUACUCACCCCAAGGCCAAAGCCUGAUUGGAUAGAGGACUGCCACAGUCAUGGAGGUGAGCGAUCAGUCCACCGGUGUUUGACCCUUCCCUGAGCCACUACCCCCUAGCCCUUUCUCCUUUUCUAUUUUAUGUUUUUGUUUUAAAAUAAUCUUUCAAGUUUUUUUUUCACAUUUUACAAACAUAAUACAUGAAUAUAAAUGCUAAUAUUUUCACAUCCAUACAUGGGUUCAUAAUUAGGCUUCUUAACAUGAUUUACAUAUUUCUCCUUUUCCAUUCCUCUAGGUGGUGCCAUGGUGCCUAGGUGCUACUUGUUUUAGUAAAUCCUAAAAAACAUGAGUUCAUGGGUUAUGACUGCGCAAUUACUGUUUUACCAUGUCAUUUUAAAGUAAAUACUGGGUAAUUUCUGUACUGUAAACUGAAAUGCUACACAUCUAAUAAUUUUUUUCUCCAGAUCUACGGAAGUAACUAAUACCUCCUCUCUCAUGCUCUCUUCCCAACAUUUGUUUAAUGGCGAAAGUGAUGACUGAACCUCGUCCUCUUCAGAGAACCUCCCCGAUGCCACUCAUACCAAAGACUCUCCUCUCCCUCUCAGUGAGCGUCUAGACUGUAAGAUGACCAUGUCUCUGUAUUUGUUCACGUCUGCUGAGAAUGUCAACCCUCCCCUUGAUCCGCCAACAACAUUUCACAAAUGCCAAAUGACAAACGCCUUUAGUGUAGAGGUUAUUCAUGGGAUCAAUAUCCUCGUUAUAGUAUUCCGCUAUGAUCAUGGAAAUGAUUGUAUUUAAUCACAUUUGGCAUUUAUCAUGCCGUUAUGCCUAAAAAUCCUAGCUGCAUUUUAUUCUGAUUUAUGGGCAAUUCACAAUAUACUUUGUUUUACAAUUAAAGGUCAAAUGCACUGCA